AUGGCUCAAAAUGGUUCAAAUGUUAUGGCUACGGUGUUUUUCGAUGAGGAGGGCAACUUCUCGCUGCUGGGCGAUGACCUGGAGCAGGUGGAGUACACGCCGUACUCGGAGCGGCCCGAGACGUACGUGGUGCCGGUGCUGUUCGCGCUGAUCUUCCUGGCGGGCGUGCUGGGCAACGGCACGCUGGUCGUCAUCUUCGCCCGGCACCGCACCAUGCGCAACGCGCCCAACACCUACAUCAUCUCGCUGGCGCUCGGCGACCUGCUCGUCAUCGUCACGUGCGUGCCCUUCACGUCGAUCGUGUACACGCUCGAGUCGUGGCCGUGGGGCACGCUCGUGUGCAAGCUGAGCGAGUGCGCCAAGGACGUGUCGAUCGGCGUGUCGGUGUUCACGCUGACGGCGCUGAGCGCCGAGCGCUACUGCGCCAUCGUCAACCCGAUGCGGCGGCACGCGGCCGGCCGGCUGGGCGCGCGCCUCGGCUCCCGGCUGCUCGCAGUGCUGUCGGCCGCCGCCAUCUGGGCGCUGGCGCUGCUGCUGGCGCUGCCCGCCGCCCUCUACUCGCACGUGCCCGAGGUCAACCUCUCCUCCGUCAACAGGACCAUACAGGUGUGCAACCCAUUUCCUGAGUACCUGGGCGAGGGCUACGCGGCCUUCAUGGUGCUGUUCAAGUUCCUGACGUACUACGCGGUGCCCCUGGUAAUCAUCACCGUGUUCUACACCAUGAUGGCGGCCCAGCUGCAGUCGGCGGCGCGGUGCAUGCCGGGAGAACCGCAGGGCCAGAGCGCGCAGGUGCGCGCGCGGAAGAAGGUCGCGAAGAUGGUGCUCGCCUUCGUCGCCAUCUUCUUCCUCUGCUUCCUGCCCUACCACGUCUUCAUGCUCUGGUUCCACCUGUAUCCAAACUCCCGACUGGACUACAACCUGGCGUGGCACGGGCUGCGCAUCGUGGGCUUCUGCCUGAGCUACAUCAACUCGUGCGUGAACCCCAUCACGCUGUACUGCGUGAGCGGCGCCUUCCGCAAGCAUUUCAACAAGUACCUGUUCUGCUGCUGCGCGCGCCCGGGGCAGGGGCGCGCGCGCAGCGGCAGCUCGUGCACGGCGGCGCGGGCAGACGGCGCCGACCACACGUCGCUGGCGCACCUGCGCAGCACGGUGCGCGGCCGCUGCCACGGCGGCUCCCGCCACAACUCCACCGUGCAGACGGCGCUCUUCCACACCGACAAGACGUGCGACGGCUCGCCGCCGCUCGACAAGUCGCGCCUCUAG